AAAACAUAAUAUAACUUGAUAAUAUUUUUUUUUAAAAAAUAUAGAAUAUGAAAUAACAAAAUUAUAUUGGUUGGUGAACCUAUUUUAUCCGAACCGAAGAAUAAUUCUAAAUUUAGUUAUAUAACUACCAUCAUUUCAGUGUAUAUGGUCACAGCAUGCCUGAUUUAAUAUAUCUUCCAUGAAGAAAAUAUAUAUAUGAAAUCUACAAAUUUGAUUAAAUACUACCACUAAGGAAAAUAAUUUAUUGAUAUCAAGUAAAUUGAUCAUCAUUUUCGAUUUAUUUAGAUCGUAUACGGUAAGAUCUACAGUGUAAUUAGAACUACACCAUACGCAUUACACCACGCUUCACAUCAUAAUUAUUCGUCUUGGUCCCUGUUGUUCCUUAAACCCUGCGUAUAAAUCCGUGAACGCAAUACAUUACACAAUUGUCAAUUGAUUCUCAACUUCACCAUAACAUCUAUUGCUAAAGAAAAGGUCUAUUUGUACUUCACUGUUACCGCUGAACAUUAAAUAUAAACAAAUUUAAUAAAACUGUCUAAAACAAAGGGUUCACACUUUAUUCCAAAUAGAAGAGUUCAUUUAAAAAGAAGAUGAUUAGAUAUUUUCGUUGGUCCAGAUUUCGUUUCGUAUAUCUACAGAGAAAUCUCCGCCGUCAAUGCAAAGCGGAGGUGACACUUGGGAUGGUCCAGUGGUCCGUACUAUGUUACUUCUCGCUCACAAGACGUCGAUAAUCAAACUUUUAUAUUAUAUAUUUCAUUUUAGAAACGUGGGCCUGACAUCCAGUAUACAAUAUACCAAUGAGAUGUCGACACGAAUCCUUAAGAAAACCACACUGGUUUUGAAAACAAGAAAAAACCAGUUUUAGAUUUUCCCUAAAACCGCUAUUACCCAAAUUCUCCAUAAAUAAAGAGAGAAAGAAAGAUCCCGAGACUCAAACACAAGUCUAUAUUAUAAAGGAAAGAAAGAAAAACUUUCCUAAUUGGAUCAUACCAAAGUCUGAGCUCUUCUUUAUCUCUCUUCUUGUAGUUUCUUGUUUUGUUUGGUUCUUUUAGAGGAAAUUGUUCCUUUAAAAGGGAUAAAAAUGGGAAGGGGUAGGGUUCAGUUGAAGAGGAUAGAGAACAAGAUCAAUAGACAAGUGACAUUCUCGAAAAGAAGAGCUGGUCUUAUGAAGAAAGCUCAUGAGAUCUCUGUUCUGUGUGAUGCUGAAGUUGCGCUUGUUGUCUUCUCCCAUAAGGGGAAACUCUUUGAAUACUCCACUGAUUCUUGUAUGGAGAAGAUACUUGAACGCUAUGAGAGAUACUCUUACGCCGAGAGACAGCUUAUAGCACCUGAGUCCGACUCCAAUACGAACUGGUCGAUGGAGUAUAAUAGGCUCAAGGCUAAGAUUGAGCUUUUGGAGAGAAACCAGAGGCACUAUCUUGGGGAAGACUUGCAAGCAAUGAGCUCUAAGGAGCUCCAGAAUCUAGAGCAACAGCUUGAUACUGCUCUUAAGCACAUCCGCUCUAGAAAAAACCAACUUAUGUACGACUCCAUCAAUGAGCUCCAAAGAAAGGAGAAAGCCAUACAGGAACAAAACAGCAUGCUUUCCAAGCAGAUUAAGGAGAGGGAAAAGGUUCUUAGGGCGCAACAAGAGCAAUGGGACGAGCAGAACCAUGGCCAUAAUAUGCCUCCGCCUCCACCCCCCCAGCAGCAUCAAAUCCAGCAUCCUUACAUGCUCUCUCAUCAGCCAUCUCCUUUUCUCAACAUGGGGGGGCUGUAUCAAGAAGAAGAUCAAAUGACAAUGAGGAGGAACGAUCUCGAUCUGUCUCUUGAACCCGUUUACAACUGCAACCUUGGCUGCUUUGCCGCAUGAAGAAGAUCAAUUGACAAUGAGGAGGAACGAUCUCGAUCUGUCUCUUGAACCCGUUUACAACUGCAACCUUGGCUGCUUUGCCGCAUGAAGCAAUUCAAUAAUAAUAUUUAUAAUCAUCAAUAAUAAAACAAUAUGAGCUACAUAUAUAUUUUGGCGAGCCCUUUUUAUCCAACUAAUUAAUAUAUGUGGGCAAGCUCCAUGUUCAUAUAAUUAGCAAGUUCCUAUUUUGUCUCUUUUUAUAUAUCUUUCUCAAGUUAUUUUGCUUCAGUAUGUGGCAAAAUUGUAAUAUAUUUCAAUAUCUGAAUCCCCUAUAUAUUAAUUGAGGAA